AUGCCGAACCUCGCGGUAGACAAUUUCAAUAUUGUCACCGCGUUUCUGGGGGGCUUCAUCACGCUUUUUGGGCUGGUCUCCUACCUGCUCAAAGAAAAGUUUUAUAUGUCCGAGGCGCUCAUCAGCACAAUAACUGGCUUGGCAUUCUCGCCCCAUGGGGCCAAUUUUCUCAAGCCAUUACAAUAUGCGAACGAGAACGAGCAUGACCUUGAGACCAUCACCCUCUACUUUUCCAGGCUGGUGCUCGGGGUGCAACUUGUGCUCGCAGGCGUGCAGCUGCCGAGCAAGUAUCUGAAGAAGGAAUGGAAAACACUGUCUUUACUAUUAGGGCCUGGGAUGUGCCUGAUGUGGAUGAGCACCAGCUUGAUGGUGUUCGCAAUGGUGCCGAACAUAGGCUUCCUCUUCGCACUGGCCAUUGGAGCUUGCGUGACUCCCACCGAUCCGAUUCUCAGCAACAGCAUAGUCAAGGGCAAAUUCGCGGACAAGAAUAUUCCACGAGCCUUGCAGAGGGUCAUCAUUGCCGAGUCAGGGGCCAACGAUGGCUUGGGCUACCCUUUCCUGUUCCUUGCCCUUUAUCUGAUCAGGCACACCCGCCACCACGGCCUCGGCUCGAACGGUGGCGCACGAACUGCCAUAGGUCUUUGGUUUGGUGAAACCUGGGGCUACACGAUCUUGUUGUCAGUUGUGUACGGAGCAGUGGUUGGCUGGAUCGCUAAAGAACUUCUACACUGGGCAGAGGAGCGGCACUAUGUGGACAGGGAGUCAUUUCUUGUCUUUGCCAUUACGCUGGCGCUGUUCAUCGUCGGUACAGUCGGUAUGAUCGGUUCCGACGAUGUCCUCGCAUGCUUCAUCGCAGGCAAUGUUUUUACUUGGGACGAUUGGUUCCGCCUGGAGACCGAGGACGACUCGCUGCAGCCUACCAUCGACAUGCUUCUUAAUGUCUCCGUAUUCUUGUGGUACGGGGCCGUCUGCCCCUGGCAUAAAUUCGUUGCGAACGAUGUGAUCCCGAUCUACCGCCUGGUCCCGCUCGGCAUCAUGGUGCUACUGUUCCGGAGACUUCCAAUGGUGCUCAUGUACCACCACUUUGGUCUGAUUCACCAGAUUCAAGAACUCAGACACGCAUGCUUCGUUGGCUUUUUCGGGCCAAUAGGCGUGUCAGCCAUGUACUACAUCUACAUCUCCCGGGAAUUCUUGGCCGAGAUCAUUGCCGAAGGAACGGAGCGCGAAGAUGCACUCCACCUCGCCGAGUGCAUCGAGGUGGUGGUCUGGUUCUUGAUCAUCUGUUCAAUCAUAGUCCACGGGUUAUCGGUACCGCUCGGAAAGCUGUACUUCUACAUCCCACGAACCAUCAGCACGGCGAUCUCGACCGAGCGAGUUUCCGUUUCUCAGAGCGGGGCCGCUAGUCCAAGUGAAGAGCCUCGUCCCGAAGGACCAAGAAGGGCUGACAACGACCUCAACCUGCUGCCUUUCCGGCGUCGACAUACCACAAGCGAACGCGGACCAGUGACAUCGAAUCCUGCUUCCAUCUCCUGGUUGCCGAAGAGCUUCGUACGAGCGGGCAGGCAUAUCGUCGAGGACAUUCGGCGCCCUCGCGAUACACACAGCCACGUCGCACAAGACAAGGGCGAAAAGGGCGGCAGCAGUGAUGAAAGCCCGUCUACCGAAAUGGCUGCGAAUGAGAGCGCGCACCCAGAGAUCUCGAUGCCUACCAACCCGAGGCCGUUCGGCCAUAAUGUCGCCCAGCCGCCCGAAGAGCAGCCUCCUGCGGGCAAUGCUCAAGGUCGCAUGGAGGAAGGGCAAGGCGGUCUGUCGGUGCCGCAGAGUCCGCUGGGCUCGGGUGUCUCGACACCAACGGAUGGCGGGAGGCAGGCUCGGAAGAUUCAGUUCGCUGAUGAGUCUGGGACGAGGAGUGCACCGUCGAGAACACCGAGGGCAGAGAGUCCCGUGGAUGAGAAGAGCGAGGCCGCUGCUGCGGGCGGGGGAUGA